AUCUAACUUUCUUCUUCGUUAGGAUCUUCGAUCUCAGGGAUGGUUAUACCUGGACUGACAUCAGUAUGGUUGCUCUGUUCUAUGCUCUUAACUUGCCGAUGCCAGAACGAUGCUGGCCGGAGCUGGGGUGUUACCCUGUAACCUGCUACAGUAGGAGCGUGAGGCCUUGUAGAGAGAUCUGGGGUUUGUCGAGGGAGGAAGGCAAUCCAGUGGUGAAUUGGGGGGGCCGCCUUGACACCCUCUGGGUUAGGGAUAGUCUCGGUGGCGAGAACAGUUCUCGCAGUGGCCUCGCUAUGGCACUAGGACAUCAUCCGAUUCUGCAGGUUGCGCGGCAGGCGGAGGUUCAUGGCGCUCUCGGUGUUGCGUACAGGCUCCAGAUCCCAUCAAAGUGGAUGGAUCAUCGGACAUACAGUAACGGAAAUGAGAUUCCUUAUGGUCAACUCACAAAGAAAGGAGCAGAACAGGCUCGCGAGCUUGGCCAAACGUUACGGCGGCAUUAUGGAGAACUACUGGAUCUCCCAGUGGAGCCUUUAGACCCACCGGGAUGGCUCCAUUUGCGCUCAACAGAUUUCAGGCGAACACACAUGACAGGUUUCUAUGUGCUGUCAGGUCUUCUCGAGUCAGAAAGCAGAGCAGGGAAGUUGAAGUUUAACAUUCGUGGAACGACUGAGGAGACACUUUGUGUUCACACCGACGCGUGUCCGAGGCUGUCUGCUCUCUGGAAACGAGUAUGGAAAGAGGUUUGUAAACAGAGCAAGAUGGACGGUGAGGUUCAUGAAGGUGGUUGGCGAGCAGAGCACCAGAGGGAGAAGCGCAUCAUGGCAGAUUUUUUGGGCAUCUCGUCAUCUGGAAGCUUUCCAUGGAUGAUGGCAAUAGACUUUCUGGAUUGCAGACGAGCACAUGGAGAUCGUCUUCCUCAAGGGUUAAAUGAGAGUGACCUGGUUCGUCUCCGGGAGCUCAUCUUGGAAGAUCAUGCGAAAUGCAUACAGCAUGAAGGGCUGAUGCCAUUCUUUGGUGGAAGAAUGAUAACAGAGCUUUAUCGUGACAUGAAGAAAGCUGUUGAGCAUCGCGAAAAAGCUGAUCCAUUGAAGCCCCGGCUAGCUCUUUAUUCUGCACAUGAUAUCACUCUCCUGCCUCUUUCAGUUUCUAUAGGAGUUCCAAUGAAGAAAUGGCCUCCUUAUGCAUCAGUUAUGUGUUUCGAGCUUUGGUCAACAAUGGAUGGCCAGUCGCACUUUGUGAGGGUUCUUUUCAACUGGGAGGAGCUUGCUUUGCAAGGACGGCUUUCAGACAAGAUCCUCACACGCUGUGAAGAGAAAGACGGACAUGCUUCUCGCACCACUCCAGCAAAUAAACUAGCGCCUAUGACCGUUGUGUCAUGGGAUACUUUCUCAAAGAUUGUCGGCAAGCACAUCUUGGAUGACCUGGACUUUGAGCGCAUAUGCAGUUCCCUACCUGAAGUCGGGGGAAGCUCCAAGUGAGCCCUUGUCUCCCAGUCAUAGCAUUUUCUGACGCACCCUAAGAUGUGUUGGUGGUUCUGUUGUCAUCUGCUCCUCUCUCAAAGGACCAGUAGCCUCGUUUAGCCAUGGCGGGUUUGCAUUGUGCGCCAGGCUUUGCUGAACUGCCAGCGGCCCACUUGUUUUUCUUUCUGGCGGGCGCAAGCCGUCAUUGUGGUCCGGUGGCCCCUGCUCAAGUUUGUGUUGGCCGUGUACUGGCGGCUUAAGCCACUUCUGAACAUGACCUGCAAGGCAAACAGAUUUUUGCAGUGCCACUUACGGAACUGGUUUCCAGCAGUCUGGCUGCAGAGGCCGUUUGCAAAUGUGCUGCAGUCCGCACCUCCACACCACCAAGUCGCUGCCGAGAAAUGUAUGGCAGCGUGUUACAGUUGCAAGACCGAACAGCUUUGAAUUGACAAAGUAAACUGGAGUUUAACUC